AUGAAGGGCAUCCUCGGCCUUUCCCUCCUCCCGUUGCUGACGGCUGCGUCGCCCGUCUUCGUUGACUCCAUCCAUAAUGAAGCUGCCCCCAUCUUGUCUGCUACCAACGCGAAGGAGGUUCCCGACUCCUACAUCGUCGUUUUCAAGAAGCACGUCACUUCAGAGCUGGCUUCGGCUCACCACAGCUGGGUGCAGGACAUCCAUGACUCUCAGAGCGAGCGGACUGAGCUGAAGAAGCGGUCGCUCUUCGGCCUUGGGGACGAGGUCUAUCUGGGUCUCAAGAACACCUUUGACAUUGCUGGUUCUCUGAUCGGUUACUCUGGUCACUUCCACGAGGAUGUCAUCGAGCAAGUCCGCAGACACCCCGAUGUCGAUUACAUCGAGCGGGAUUCCGAAGUUCACACCAUGGAAGGGGCCACCGAAAAGAACGCCCCUUGGGGUCUGGCUCGUAUCUCUCACCGUGAUAGCCUGACCUUCGGUAACUUCAACAAGUACCUGUAUGCCUCCGAGGGGGGUGAGGGCGUUGACGCCUACACCAUUGACACGGGUAUCAACGUUGACCACGUUGACUUCGAGGGCCGUGCCACUUGGGGCAAGACAAUCCCUACCAACGAUGAAGAUCUCGAUGGCAAUGGUCACGGAACUCACUGCUCCGGAACCAUGGCUGGUAAGAAGUACGGUGUUGCCAAGAAGGCCAACCUCUAUGCUGUCAAGGUCCUCCGGUCGAGCGGCUCUGGCACCAUGUCUGAUGUCGUUUCUGGUGUCGAGUAUGCCGUCCAGGCUCAUAUCAAGAAGGCCAAGGAUGCCAAGAACGGCAAGGUCAAGGGAUUCAAGGGCAGCGUUGCCAACAUGAGUCUCGGUGGUGGCAAGUCUAAGACCCUCGAGGAUGCUGUUAACGCUGGUGUUGAGGCUGGUCUUCACUUCGCCGUUGCCGCCGGUAAUGACAAUGCUGAUGCUUGCAACUACUCUCCUGCUGCUGCCGAGAAGGCCAUCACCGUUGGUGCCUCGACACUUGCUGACGAGCGUGCGUACUUCUCCAACUACGGAGAGUGCACUGACAUCUUCGCUCCUGGUCUCAACAUCCUGUCCACCUGGAUUGGCAGCAACUACGCCACCAACAUCAUCUCUGGCACUUCCAUGGCCUCUCCUCACAUUGCUGGCCUGCUGGCCUACUUUGUCUCCCUCCAGCCCCCCUCGGACUCUGCAUUCGCUGUUGAGGAGCUUACUCCUGCUAAGCUGAAGAAGGACAUCAUCGCCAUCGCCACCGAGGGCGCUCUCACUGACAUUCCCUCCAACACCCCCAACCUCCUUGCCUGGAACGGUGGUGGUUCCGAGAACUACACCGACAUCGUUGGCAGCGGUGGCUACAAGGUCUCCUCUGCCAAGAACCGCAUCGAGGACCGUAUUGAGGGUCUCGUUCACAAGGCCGAAGAGCUGCUCACCGAGGAGCUUGGUGCCAUCUACAGCGAGAUCCAGGAUGCCGUCGUCGCAUAG